UCUGUCGGCCGGCCUGAGCAUCACCAGCUGAUCGCCGAAAGAAAAACAUUCGCUGGGAAACGUCUGGGAUUUCUUGUAAAUAAAAUGCUUCCUGCAAGGAGUCUGGUCAGGCUCGUUCCUGCACUGAGCAGAGGAUUUGCUACAUCUCUCCCGAAACAAGGAGGAGGAGCAUGGGCAUAUCGUGCUUCACCAGCCAAACCAAGCAAAUUUACGUUAUAUAAGGCAGAAAUGGUCGGCGCGGUUAUGUGGUGGUGGAUCUUGUACCAUCUUAUGACUGAACCAGAGCACAUUACUGGUGAAUUUCCUUAUCCAGAUCCUUCGAAGUGGUCAAACGAAGAGCUCGGAAUCCCUGCUGAUGACGAGGAUUAAGAAUUAUUUAUAAGGUUGUCACUUUCACCGAAGUAUAGCUAAUGACACAGAGAUCUUUUGUGAAAAUGUAAAUAUAUAUAUUAUGUAAUUUUU